AAACUUUCAGUGCUUAGUUGUUAAGGCAGGCCCAGGGUGUAGAUGUUGAGUUCCUAGGAACAGACAACAGAUUGCCAGGUGGAGCCCGUGACCCUGUCACUUGUUGAGAAUUAUUGAGAAGAUUUCCUGCUUUCAAAUUGAGGUAUUUUCAGAUUUGCAAAGAAGUUAUUCAAUAGAGGGGACUGCUAAAGAUAUCAGAGCACCACUAAUCUAAGCUAAAGCCACAGCUGGGGAUAUCAAAGCACCUUCUGGUUAUUUGUGGUAGGAAAAUACUCCAGACUAAUCCAGUGGGAAGGUCACAGAGGAAGUUGGAGUCUUGGCUCUGUCUUUGCCAUGGGGAGAGCUUAGCUAAGUCACUUCCCAUUUCUGGGCUUACUUUUAAAAAAUGAGGUUGUUGGAACAACAACUAAGGAUCCUUCUAACUUCCAAAUUCUUGGAUUCUGAGCAGUAACCUUGAGUUUGCUCACUGAAGAGGGGCAAGGAUGCUUGUUCUUGAGAACAAGAGAGCAGAGCAACAAUUAAAUUAUUAAAGAUGCCUCUUCAGUUGCUAAGAACUAAGGAGUGGAGCCUUUGUCUUGGAACGGAUAGAGCUGGAAUUAGACCUUGCAGGUUACCCAGGCCAACGUGCCCCCUUUACAGAGGAGAGGCUAGGAUGCAGAGAUGUGGUAAUGCUAUCCAGUUAUGAGCUUUCUCUUUCUUACAAGUAAAAAAAUAUCAACAGUAGUUCUUAGAUGUACUGGCCUGGGGUUGGGGCCUCACUGCUGGGGAGUUGGUCUCAUCAUUCGGUGACAAACAUACCUCACCUGCAAGGGUGAUGAAGGCAAAGAGAUGGGGAACAUGAGAAGGGGCUUCACAGAACCGAAAGAUAGGUUCAAAAUCCAAAGACCUGGGUUCCAGUCUGGUGAAACUGGGUGUGUCAAUCCAGACAGCCUCUCUUCACUAGCCCUGCAAUCUUCAUUGCACUUUGGCUAUCUUCUGGUUUUACCAUCUGAAAGGCUGCAUUCCUACAGGGUAUUGUGAGAGUCAGCAGGAGAUAAUGUAUAUGAAAGAAAUUGUACAAAGAUGUUAUUAAUACUGCUUGCACGUAGUUUUAGAGUUAGAGGGUUACCUUUCUUACCAAACACAUGUUAAAAUCUAAGUUCAACGUGGAAGGAAUAAGAAGUAUCAGGGUUACAAAGAACCAUUUCUUGCACUGUACAUCUUUUCAGAAACCAUCCCACCGCACCUUUUUUGCAUGAAGUUAGACCUGCACCAUUCGUAAACUUAGAGAAAUGUGUGUUUUGAUAUUUAUAUAUAUGUGACGUAUUAGCAGGACAGAUGAAGGGGGAGCUGGGCUCUGGCGUUUACCCCCAGGUGAAAAGGAAGGCAGAUGUGUGUUCCUCCCUGAGUGUGUUUACUAAGGGCUGGGCUUGUCUCCUCCGUUGAGAGAGGAGGUGUAUCUGUACAGAGAGCUUCAUUUAAAAUUGUAAAAUGCACCUGGGAGGGCUUCUUGCAUUCUUUCCUUGGUAGGUAUCAUUCGUGACUUUUGGUUCUCUGGCCUGUUCUAAAUUAGAAUUAAAUCCACAGUUCUUACCAGCCCCUGCAUGCAGGGGAUUUGACCACUUUUGAGCGUCAUUUACAAAUGGGUGUGCUGAUCUCACUUUUGCUUAUUUCAUAGCAGUUGGGGUAAGAUAUACAAAAGGUAUAUUUUGUUUUUUUAACUUGAAAGACCAAAGUUUUAUCCUUGGCCUUAAGAAUGUAGCUCAUAAAAGAACAAACAAACCAUACAAUUUUCUCUACUCUCAUACACACUUCUGACACCAAACCUGUGUGUGUCUCUUCCACACCAAGCAGUUCUCCAGCUCUUGGAGCACACCAACUGGGUGCCUAUAAUUGAAUUCAUUUCAGACACCGUCUACCUGGAGUUAGCAUCAGAUUCCACAGGCUAAGGGCUCAUCCCCACAAGCUGUCCCUCACUUCAGAUCCCAGUCAGUCUGGGCCUCCUGUGCGUCUGCCUGACUGGCUAUAAAUCAGGGGUUCCCAUGACCACCUCCUUGGGUUCAUUCCUUUGCGGAUCGGCUCACGGAACUCAGGGAAACAGUUUACUGAUCGCCACUGGUUUGUUAUAAAGGAUAAAACUCCGGAGCAGCCAGGUGGAAGGGUGGAAGGGUGCACAGGGCAGGGGGGUGGGGUGGCAGUGGUGCUUCUAUGCCCUCUCCAGCACCCCAGCCUCCCAGCACUGCCACGCGUUCACCAACCUGGAAGCUCUCUGAGCCCCUUUCUUUCGGGUUCUAUGGAGUCUUCAUUACACAGGCGAGACUGAUUUACUCAUCGGUCGUUGAUUGCACUUAAUCUCCCUCCCCUCUCCCUCCCUGGAGGUUGGGGAUGGGGUGGGGGGUGGGGAGUGGCUGAAGGCACCAACGCUUGUCACAGAUUAGUUCUUCUGGCAGCUAGCCCAGACCCCAUCCUCCAGAGUCCUCUGAUUAAACUUUGGUGUGGUCGAAGGGGGCUUAUCUUGAGUGACAAAAGACGCUCCUUUCACCAGAGCAAUAAAGCUCUGGAGCUAAGGAGCUGUUUCAGGAGCAGGGGAAGAAAACGAAAUAUCGUAACAAAAGACAUUCCUAUCACUCUGAUCACUUAGAAAUUAUAAGGGGUUUAGGAGUUCUGGCUGGGAUCUGGGGAUGAAGACCAAAAUAUAUAUUUCCUUUUACAUCAUAAUAUCACAGCGCCACUGAAUCAUAGGAAAAGCUCCCAGAACCAACCUGUCUACACGGCAGGUUUGUGAGCCACAGGUUCACAUACGUGGUGUUUCCUGGAGUCUGUAAGUGACCUGAGGUGGGGGUGUUAUCUGUGUGGUCACCUGUGUCCUGGGAUAGUCGCCUUGAAGAAUGGCAGCAGUGUGGACCAGGAGGAGGGGUGAGGUCUCGGGGUAGACUGGAAAUUACGUCGUGCAAAUCCUUCCUGUUUGGGCGGUAUUUGCAACCACGUGGCUUCACGAAUCCACCAAAGCAUCAGGUGAAUAAACGGGAGAGGAGAAGAGAGUCUGGGACUCAGCCCUGGAGUAUAAGUCAGAGCUGGAAAGAAGAGACUCCCGAGACUGGAUGACCACCAAGAGCUGCCACGUCCCUGAAGGGCCAGAGUAGGGUUGAUGGCGUGACCCCCUGAAGCCAAGCAAGGAGUGGAGAGAGGAGGGCUGGAGGACUCCUGCCUGCCAUGACCCAGUCCAGGGAUAAGAUGCACAGACCAUGAAUUACGUGGGGCAGUUAGCCGGCCAGGUGUUUGUCACCGUGAAGGAGCUCUACAAGGGGCUGAACCCUGCCACACUCUCAGGGUGCAUUGACAUCAUUGUCAUCCGCCAGCCCAAUGGAAACCUCCAAUGCUCCCCUUUCCACGUCCGCUUUGGGAAGAUGGGCGUCCUGCGCUCCCGAGAGAAAGUGGUUGACAUAGAAAUCAAUGGGGAAUCUGUGGAUUUGCACAUGAAAUUGGGAGAUAAUGGAGAAGCAUUUUUUGUUCAAGAAACAGAUAAUGAUCAGGAAGUCAUCCCCACGCACCUGGCCACCUCCCCCAUCCUGUCAGAAGGAGCUUCGAGAAUGGAAUGUCAGCUGAAGAGAGGCUCUGUGGACAGGAUAAGAGGCCUGGAUCCCGGCACGCCUGCCCAAGUGAUCGCUCCCAGCGAGACGCCGUCAAGCAGCUCUGUAGUAAAGAAGAGAAGAAAAAGGAGGAGAAAGUCCCAGCUGGACAGCCUGAAGAGAGAUGACAGCAUGAACACGUCUGAGGAUGAGGAUAUGUUCCCCAUUGAGAUGAGCUCGGAUGAGGCCAUGGAGCUGCCGGAGAGCAGCAGAACUCUUCCUAAUGAUAUAUCUCCAUUCCAAGAUGAUAUUCCUAAGGAAAACCUCUCCCCAGCCGUGAUUUACCCUCAGUCAGCCUCAUACCCUAAUUCAGAUAGAGAGUGGUCGCCCACUCCCAGUAGCCUGGUAGAUUGCAAAAGGACUGCCCCUCAUCUUGCAGAUGCGGCCGAGGGAGGUCUGUCUAGUUCUUGCCCUCCACAGUCUUCCCUGUUCCAUCCUCCGGAAAGUCCUUCCUGUUCCCGACCUUCAACACCUAAAAGUGAUUCAGAAUUGGUCAGCAAGUCCACGGACAGGACGGGGCAGAAGAACCCAGAAAUGCUCUGGCUGUGGGGAGAGCUGCCGCAGGCUGCUAAGUCUUCUUCUCCACACAAGAUGAAAGAGUCCGGCCCAUUGAGCACUAGAAAAAUUUGUGAUAAAAGUCACUUUCAGGCCAUUCACAGCGAAUCUUCAGACACUUUUAGUGACCAAUCGCCAACUCUGGCCGGGGGGGCGCUUUUGGACCAGAACAAGCCUCAGACAGAAAUGCAGUUUGUGAAUGAAGAAGACCUGGAGACCUUAGGAGCAGCAGCGCCACUCUUGCCCAUGAUCGAGGAGCUCAAACCCCCCUCUGCCAGUGUAGUCCAGACAGCAAACAAGACGGAUUCUCCUUCUAGGAAAAAAGAUAAACGAAGCCGACAUCUUGGUGCUGAUGGCGUCUACUUGGAUGACCUCACAGACAUGGAUCCUGAAGUGGCAGCCCUGUAUUUCCCCAAAAACGGAGACCCUUCUGGACUCGCAAAACAUGCCAGCGACAACGGAGCCCGGUCAGCCAACCAGUCCCCGCAGUCUGUGGGCAGCUCAGGCGUGGACAGUGGCGUGGAGAGCACCUCGGACGGGCUGAGGGACCUCCCUUCCAUCGCCAUCUCCCUCUGCGGGGGCCUCAGCGACCACCGGGAGAUCACGAAAGAUGCAUUCCUGGAGCAAGCUGUGUCGUAUCAACAGUUUGUGGACAACCCCGCUAUUAUCGAUGACCCCAAUCUCGUGGUAAAGAUUGGGAGUAAAUACUAUAAUUGGACAACAGCAGCACCCCUCCUCCUGGCAAUGCAGGCCUUCCAGAAACCUUUGCCAAAGGCCACUGUGGAAUCUAUCAUGAGGGAUAAAAUGCCCAAGAAGGGAGGAAGAUGGUGGUUUUCGUGGAGGGGAAGAAAUGCCACGAUCAAGGAGGAAAGUAAGCCGGAGCAGUGCUUGGCUGGCAACGGACAUAGCACCGGAGAGCAACCACCGCAGCUCAGCAUGGCCACCAGAGUAAAGCAUGAAUCAUCCUCCAGUGAUGAGGAGCGCGCAGCUGCCAAGCCAUCAAACGCAGGCCACCUCCCUCUUCUGCCUAACGUCAGCUACAAGAAGACUCUCCGGCUGACUUCCGAGCAGCUUAAAAGCUUGAAGUUGAAGAAUGGCCCCAACGACGUGGUUUUCAGUGUCACCACGCAGUACCAAGGCACCUGCCGCUGUGAGGGCACCAUCUACCUGUGGAACUGGGAUGAUAAAGUCAUCAUUUCUGAUAUUGACGGGACGAUCACCAGAUCAGACACUCUUGGCCACAUUUUGCCCACCCUUGGGAAGGAUUGGACCCACCAGGGCAUUGCUAAGCUGUACCAUAAAGUGAGCCAGAACGGAUAUAAAUUUCUCUAUUGCUCUGCCCGUGCCAUCGGGAUGGCGGACAUGACGCGGGGCUACCUGCACUGGGUCAACGAGAGGGGCACGGUGCUGCCCCAGGGGCCCCUGCUGCUGAGUCCCAGCAGUCUCUUCUCUGCCCUGCACAGAGAAGUGAUUGAAAAGAAGCCAGAGAAGUUUAAAGUCCAGUGUUUGACAGACAUCAAAAACCUGUUUUUCCCCAAUACAGAGCCCUUUUAUGCUGCUUUUGGAAACCGACCGGCUGAUGUGUAUUCAUACAAGCAAGUAGGAGUGUCUUUGAAUAGAAUAUUUACCGUCAACCCUAAAGGAGAGCUGGUACAGGAGCAUGCGAAGACCAACAUCUCAUCGUAUGUCAGACUCUGUGAAGUAGUCGACCACGUUUUCCCGUUGCUGAAAAGAAGCCAUUCUUCAGACUUUCCCUGUUCGGAUACCUUCAGUAACUUCACCUUUUGGAGAGAGCCACUGCCACCUUUUGAAAACCAGGACAUUCAUUCUGCCUCAGCAUAAAAUGUCCCAAGCAGCCUCUUGCCAGCAGUGCAGAGCCUGGUUGUCACCCAUUAAAGGAUAAAUCUCCCGGGAGUGCACAGCUCCACCUGGGAGCCUGGCGCGUCGUCAUUGGCCUGACAGCAGAGAGAAUUGAGAAGCAUUUCUCCUCUGCCCCACCCUGAGGCUGACAUUUCUAAGCAAGUAGGAAGGGAGCACUUUCUAGGCGAGGAGUUGGGCUUAUUUGUACCGUGAAAAGCAUUCCACAGUUGUGGCUUAAUGCCAGUUACGAUGCUGCCUUUCCGGCCUGCCCCAGCAAGUAGCUAUUGGUUCACGUGCAGUUUGGGGCUGUGAAACCUAGGCAGAAGGUGGCUGUCUGAGGGCUGUCCCUGCCUAGGACAGGGUCAAUCGAGGAAUGCCAGAUACGCACGGUUUUUGGCAAAGUAGGGGGUGCAUUUCCAUUAUAGCAAUGUUAGUGCCACUACCUUCUGAAUACAGUGGGGAGGGCUGUGAAGGCUCAUGUGACCUGGAUCUGAGGUCUCUGAUAGAAAUUCAGACGUCACUGGGUCCAGGCCUGGCCUCAGACUUGGCCUCGUGGAUGGGCCCCUUACAGUAUUUUCUGACUAGUCUCAUUUUUAGGUGAUAAGUUUUUCUUUAAUUCCUUUUGUUAAAGAUAGUCUAUUUAAUUGGCAUAUUUCCCUCAGUUUUUGUGGCUCAAGGCUGAAAUAUUUAUGCCUUAAUGUAUCUAUGGCAGAUAAUUUAUUUAGAAUGCGCUUUAUCUAGCUCAUGGUAACUUUGCAAUGCCUUAGAUUAAAAUGAUAGUAAAUAUUACUAAGGCAGUAUUUUGAAUGGGUUCGACACUGCCAGCUUCCUUCCGUCCAGCAAGGUGGUGCUGACUAUGUGGACUUGAGCGCACUUAUGCCAAAUGAUAAUGAUAAUUGACUUCUAUUGAGAGCUCUCCAAAGAAACUGGUUAGUUUUAAGAAAAUAGUUUCAAGAAGUUAAACUAUAUUCUUUUAGAUAUUAUUUAUUGUUUUACUCUGAUUAGGUUACUGUGAUAGGCAUUUUAGUCAUAUUCUUUCUAUACCACUGUCAUUAAUAUAUUAAAAAGACGUAUGUGUUAGACUAUCCAAAGGGCCUUAUUCUCUUUCUCAUAGACUGAUCUUCUUUUGGGAUUUAUGAGUCAUUUAUUUUCCUUAGCUUUUUCCACUCAAGUUAAGGGCAAGUGAAAAAGUAAUAAUUUGAGUGGCAUUCUUUAAGCUGACAGAAUGUGAUUCUUUUACUUGUUUAUUACACUGGCUUGUGGACAGAACAGUUUGAAAAGUGAAAGAAUUAUUUUGGUAAAAGAUUUUGCUUUACUUUUCGAAGCAUUAUUUUUUUAAAGAGUGUUUUACUCCAACGAUUGAAACAUUUUCCUAUUUAAAUUUCCUUGUUUGAAUCACAGGAGGCAAAAAAUGGAACAGUUGAAUGAAAUUUUACUCUUUCUGUGAAAGAAAAUCCACAGAGUUGUUGCCUCCAUUUAGUUGGUGGGCCCUGUUAGCGUUGGAUGCCUUUGCCAAAUGGUUCGUGUGGACACACAAAGGCAAACAUAGAUCUGCCAUCAAUUGCAGAUUUCUGUAGAAACACGGAUGUGCAUGUGCAGAUUCCUUUUGAAGAUAUUAAAAAUAAUUAAAAA